CCCGAGUUUUAAUUCAAACUGUUUGGCAAACCAGUGCUCACGGAUUAUAUCCAUUAUUUUACUGGCUUAUCACUCCUUGUGGAAGUUUAAAAACUAAAAAAAAUGUUUUUCCAAAUUUUUAGCUUUUUUCUUUUAUUUGAAGGUAUCGUUGCGCAAACAAAACCACCAAGCUGCGACGCCCAGGCAGUAUGUAUGACAAAACUGAGUGAGAACGUAGCCGUGCAUGGCGACAACCAGACCUUAGUAUGCAGCGAUCUUCAAGCGUUUAUUCUUUGUGUCAACACUGUCAGCUGCUUGAAGGAUGUAGAUAAAGAAAAUCUCAUCGCUCUAGGGAGGCAAAUGAUCAGAAUCCCAUGUCCUUGCCUGGAUGGUCAAGACAAAUGUUUGACAACUUUCGUCACCACAGUAUUCCUACACCUAACCAACAAGACAUUAGCUUGUAGAGACGUGAGCGACUACGAGAAAUGUUUAACUGGACUCAACUGUUUGUCACAGGCAGAGAAACAAAGUUUAGUCACCAUUAAUCAGAAGAUUGCGUUAAAUGGGACAACUUGUGAUACUGCAAUAACGACAACAACGACAACUAAACCAAUGACAACGUCAAUGAUCCAAUCCUCUACUAACGCUGCCUCUACAGCCUACAGCAGUAGAAACUUGGCCUUAUUGUCCGUGGUCAUCUUGUCGUGGUGGUUUCAUGUUUAGAGGAGGCUACAUCUAUAACCUGUUGUUUUAAACUUCAAACUUUAAUCUGUAUAUAUUUAUAUAUAUGUAUAUAUACAUAUA